AUUUGCGACUAUGUUCAUUGCGAUCGGAACGCUCUGUUAAAAUUUUGUAGCUUAGACACCUUUAAAUAUAGGAGUAAACUAAACUAAAAAGCGGAGGCAAAAAAAUAAACAUGGACGAUUUGCAUCUAACAGACGUAUUGCUGGGUUACUUUGUGAAUUGCUUCAAUCGUUUGGAUGUGGAAAAGUCCGGAAAAGUCUCGAUCAAUAAGACGAUUGAGUUGCUAAAUUCGGGCAGCGUUAGCGACGAUGUCGUCUCGCAAGUAAGUUCCAUAAACAACCGCUAAAAACUAAGCCGAUUUCAAGAACAUAUUGAUAUAUCUCCGAUAUUUUAGCGUUAAAUCACAACUCGAGUUAUUUAACCAAAAAGCAAUUUUUCUCAGUGCUAAAACUAGUAGCGGCUAGUCAAAUAAACAUGACAUUAAACUCAGACAUUCUAACCUCAAAUUUGGAUUUACCACCGCCGAGAUUCUCAACGUCGGAGUCAUCAAGUCCCAUACCCGAUUUAAUUGAGCUGCAACAACCAGCUGACGGAAGUACCGACUCAGAAAUUGACUCAGAAACGUUAAGUUUUGGGCGAAAUGGGUCGCCAGGAGCUUCGAGCGCAGCCUCUGAUAGUCCAACACCCACAAAUAGCGUCCAAGAUAGGAGUUGGUUGGUUUUUGGGGUUAUGUCUGAUGAGCAAAGACAAUUAUUGGGUACUGAAGAAGAAUCCUCAGAUAGACACAGUAGUGAAGAAGAUACAGAAGUUUCAAAUGAAGUUUGGACAAUAACCCCAGAACAAAAAGAAUACUACAAAACCCAAUUUUUAGGGUUGCAGUCGGAUCUAAACGCUUUAAUUCCUGGAAACGUGGCGAGAAAUUUCUUUGAGAAAUCGCGACUCCCUGUACAUGAAUUAAGAAAAAUUUGGCAGUUAGCGGACGUCACGAAAGAUGGCGCUUUAAGUUUGCAAGAAUUUAACACUGCCAUGCAUUUAGUUGUUUUAAGAAGGAAUCAUAUUGAACUCCCUGAUGUUCUACCAGUACAAUUAAUCCCUGGGAAUGAAACCCCUUUAUCUGUAACACCAGAAACUGAACCAAUUUUAUCCCCACAAACUAAAGACACUGCAAGGGAGUGGACUAAAUUCGUGGACUCCCCAACGAGUUCUGUGUCAAGCCCAGGGCCUAAGCCAGUUAAUUUCGACUUUCAAAGAGGCGCUGUUGAGAAAGAUCCUAAAAUUUUGCAUCCAGUUGCGUUGAGGUUAACACCUGAGGGGCAAUUUCAAAUGAACGAAGAAAACGCUGAGGGGAAUUCCCCUAAAAAAUUUUUAGAAAUACAGAAUAACUCAAACGUUGCUAAUAGUGUUGCUAAUAAUGUUAUGAAUAAUGUUAUGAAUAACGUCAUUCAGCGCCCACAACCUAAAAAAAUUAAUAUCCCAAUUGUUGGCGCAAUCCCCCCUCCCCCCAUAACAAAUCAACCCCACCAAGAAGAAGGCCCCGUUUCUUUACCCGCGUUUCCUCCCCCAAAAAAAGAAAAACCCCCACCACCACCCCCACGUCCGUUUAAAUCCCACGGUCGUAGUUCUUCAUUAGAUCUAAAUAAAUUAAACAAAAACUUAGCACCCCCUUCAGUCCCACCGCGAAUCAGUCCAAACAUCCAAUCGAAAAAAUUAAUUAAUCAAAAAUCGGAAGGCGACUCGACUAAUUUACCAACGGAACAUUUUGCGAAUUUCGAUGAUUUUGAAAAGUACGAGAAUGUCCAAGAAGAAGGUAUUUUUCCCGGGGAUCAAUACGAAGCGGAACGAAAAAAACUUUUCGCCCAAUUCUCCGUACCAGAAACAAGUACAACGACGAAUUCGAGUAAUUUAGAUAUCCCCGAUCAGCCUCCGCGGAAACACGGCGCUUUCGAAAUCUAUCGGAAACCCACCCCCAAAAAUGAAUCUCCGAGCGAUGAGGAGAAACAAAAAUUUGAGUUGUUUAAAAAGUUACAAGAACAAAAUACGGUUUUGUUACGUUUGUGCCAAGAGUUGAGUCAAGAGUUGGCCGAUGUUCGCGAAGAAAAAUUGGCGCUAAAAGUGAGAUUAGAAAAACAAUUAAACGGCGGAUAACAGACGGAUUAAUUAAUUGAUAUUUUUCGAUAUAAAUAUAUAUAGGAUAAAAAGCAAGGUUUUUUUUGUAAAUAUAAAAUUGAGAUUAGAAAUCGUGAUACUAUUGAAAUUUAUCGAAAUUCUAUCGUGUUUUCAAUUAAUUCUUUUUUGAUCGUUAAAAAUGUGGUUGUUAAAAUAAUUAUGUAGCGAGAAAAAAAUUAUUUUC